AAGUCUUCCAAAGUCUCCUUUACAGACGCCCAUAACCGGCAUUAAAUAUGUAGGAGCUCACACUUUCCAAUUCCGCCACCACUCCCCUCUGCCCAAGCCGCCGUGGUGCAGGGGUGCCUCCUCUUCUGGGCUUCAUCUCCCCCCACCGUGAAAAAAGAUCGCAGCUUUAGGAAUGGGUCAGGGGCUGAGUUGCAGAACGAGUGAUGAGCACGGGCUGUUCACCGCCGUGCAGUGUGGAGAUGUGGAGACGGUGGAGACGGUGUUGGGGAGAGAGCCAGGUCUCAUCCACCACACCACGGUGUAUGAUCGCCACUCCGCUUUGCAUAUAGCCGCCGCCAAUGGCCAGAUCGAGGUCGUUACUAUGCUCUUAAACCGAUCUGUUAAUCCAGAUUUGUUGAAUCGCCACAAGCAGACUCCAUUGAUGCUGGCUGCAAUGCAUGGAAAGAUCGAUUGUGUGCAAAAGCUCAUCGAAGCUGGGGCCAACAUAUUAAAGUUUGAUUCACUUCAUGGGCGAACUUGUUUGCACUAUGCUGCUUACUAUGGCCAUUCCGAUUGCCUUAAAGCAAUUCUCUCUUCGGCUCGUACAUCCCAUGUUGCUGCUUCUUGGGGGUAUGCCAGAUUUGUGAAUGUUAGGGAUGGUAAGGGGGCAACACCUUUGCACUUGGCUUCUCGUCAGAGACGGCCCGAAUGUGUUCAUAUGUUAUUGAACAAUGGAGCUUUGGUUUGUGCAUCAACUGGAAACUAUGGUUUUCCAGGCAGCACUCCUCUUCAUUUGGCUGCGAGAGGGGGAUCUCUCGAUUGUAUCCGUGAAUUGUUGGCGUGGGGUGCAGAUCGACUUCAACGAGACGCUUCUGGGAGAAUACCAUAUACGGUUGCUUUUAGGCAUAACCACAGGACGUGUGCGGCUUUGCUGAAUCCCUCAUCUGCAGAGCCGAUCGUAUGGCCUUCACCUCUGAAGUUCAUUAGCGAGCUAAAUGAAGAGGCAAAAGCUUUGUUAGAGCGAGCUCUGAUGGAUGCUAAUAGAGAGAGGGAAAAGAGUAUUUUAAAGGGAACAUCGUACAUGCUACCUUCUCCAUCUCGUUCUGAAGCAGGGAUCGAAGACUAUAUUUCAGAGGCCAGUGAUUCAGAACUAUGUUGCAUUUGCUUCGAUCAACUCUGCACGAUUGAGGUACAAGACUGUGGGCAUCAGAUGUGCGCACAAUGUGUGCUCGCUUUGUGUUGCCAUAACAAACCGAACCCGACCACGACCGUAACCGCUGCACCUUUGUGCCCUUUCUGCCGAAGCAGCAUCGCACAAUUAACCGUCGUAAAGGUUAACAAUGAUGACAGCGACCACGAUGCCUACUUGAAGGUGAGGAAGUCUAGGAGAUCCCGAAACCUCAGCGAGGGGAGUAGUAGCUUCAAGGGGCUAUCGGCAGUGGGAUCGUUCAGCAAAGUGACCAAAUCGGGCAGGAUUGCUGAUGAAAACGACAUGAUUGAUAAGCCAUUAAGCCUUGAUUGAUAGCCAUCGAAUUUGGUAUCUCAAGAAUCAAGAUCUCCAACUUGGCAAUCAAGAAUUCAAUGUGGGGUCUUGCUGCACAAGUGGUAUAUAUCUAUUAUAGCUCUCUCUCUCUCUCUUUUUCUCUCCAUCCCCUUUGUAGAUUUGGGGAAUAAGCAAAGCUAAAAUGAUUGCGAGCUCCAGGUUGGUGACUAUUAUUUGUGUGGGUUGCGAUAUUUGUUGUAAAUUUCUAUUUUACUUCAGCUGAAGAAGGUUGGUGCUGUUAGCUACCCAGUUAGAUCAAGAAUUCCAUAUUCUUUCCUCUCCUACCCAAAAUCCUCACACCAUUCUUCAUUGCCUUCCACCUUAGCUCAUCCCUUUCUGUAUUAAUGCUUAGGUGUGAACUGUGAGGUGUAUUGUUUCAUUAUCUUCUCUCCCCUCCCCCCAUUACUGUAAGAAAUGAAUGGUAGAUGAUGAUGUUGUAUCAUCAUCAUCGUCAUCGUAUAAUAUAUUAAAGAAUAUAAGCUGCAAGUGAAAAUCU